AUGGCGGCGGAGAUGGAUAUCUCGAUGAGCGUGAGGGUAUUUGAGGAGCUAACCUCCACGAAGGCGGAACCGAAUGGGAUUUUCUCGGUGAAAAUGCGUGCGAGCUACAAUGUCUUUACUGGUCAUCCAAACAAGACGCAGGACUGGCAGCGCGCGUACUUCUACGUCAAAUCUGACGAACACGCUUUUGAGGAGCCGCCUGGGGACGAUUACCGCGUUUUAUGGAAUAAAGAACUUGGUAGAGAUCUCUUAGUUUUCCGUCAUCCGAAUACGAUCGCUUAUCCGGAGAAGUUCUUUGAGAGUGCGCAAGCGAUAGCAGCACACAGUCAUCUUCGUUGGCCAGACCUUAGUCGCGAGUGGAUUCGUCGUCAACAAGCUAGAAUUGCUAGAGUUGAUUGGGAGUCGAGACUUCUGUGUGUCGUUGGUCCUCGCAAGUCGCGUCUUUCCUUGUUUACUCGGAAACAGCAGAAACUUCUCAACAAAGCUAGGGAGAUGGAAGGGGUUCCGGACUUGAGUGCCUUGUUGAAGGGAAGGCUACAGUUGCUGUCGAAGAAGUCGGCUCCCGUCGAUCGUUCUGAAUCGACCGACUCUGGAGACGUUGGGGCUUCAAAGGAGGGAGCAUCCAAUUCAAACGACGAAGGCGUCAGGGUCGAACCUUCAGCUCCGAGUCCCAAAAAGAAGAAGAAAGAUAAGAAGACGACAGAGAAGUCGGCGGAUGAGACUUCUCCGCUUUUGUCUGCUUCUCUCGCCACGUCGUCCGAGGGUCAAGGGACAAAGAAGAAGAAGAAGAAGAGGGCCCGCAACGAGGCGACUUCCCGAGAUGAGGGGACCGCUAUGGAUGACGCGAUACCCGUAGAGCGUCCCAAAAAGAAAACUAAGAAGAAAGCAGCUGAAACCGAGCCCGAGAAGAAGAGGAAGGCCUUGGUGCAAAGGAGUGGCUCUGGAUCUGAGUCCGCUGGUGGCGAGAAGUCUGUCCCUGGCUCCUCUACGAGUAGAGGUCCUCGUUUAGAGGGCUCUCUUCCAAAGAAAGGGAGGAUCGAAUAUCCUGAUCGUGGGGAGUUUCUGUACGACGAGAAGACUCCCUUGAUCCUUAACCCCUUACGGUGUGCGGAGCUGACGCGUCAAAUUCGCGGUGGGACGAAGGAGCUGCCGCAAUUGGAGGAUCUUUUCUUCAGAGACGAGUACAUCGACGCUGCCGCCUUGAGAGCUCAGAGUGACGGGAGCAUGAACUUUCUUGUCGAAAGGUACGACACUACCUUAAAGCAGACUAUGGCUCAACUGGGAGCUGCGGACAAACUUGCUGCGACAAGGCUGAAGGUCAUCGAGAGGGUGAGGGCUGAGCUCAAACAAGGUAGCGAGAAGGCAGCAAAGGAGAAAGAAGUUCUUCGAAUUAAGUUUGAAGAGCUCGAGAGCAAGCUGAAGGCUGAUAGGGCGGCGAAGAAAGAAUUGGUACGCGAGAAGGUUCACCUGGAAGGGAUCGCUGCGGGCCUUGAAAAGGAGAAGGUUGAACUACUCGCUGAGAGAGAUGCCGAAGUUGACAAGUUAGACAGGGAGAGGCAACGUCUGAAGGACUCCCGGGGUCUAGAAGUCACCCGAGAAAGAGAAAGGGUUGAAGCUGCUAUGAUCGAGAAGGCGAGUCGCUCUUUUACUCGCGUGCGAGAUCACUUUGCCCGUUUGGACGCCCUUGGGAAGGCGAAAAACCUGUACGGGCAAGCUUCUGGGACAAAGAGAUGUCUCGAGAUGAUAAAGGAGAGCGGAACGGAAAUCCCGCAAGACAUGAUCGACAUGUUCGCCGAGCAGGAAAAGCUCUAUGAAGCCGAAGUCACCAAGCUGCGAGUAAGUCCGCUGGCUGAUAGAGACUUCUCCCUUUCCCCGCUUGUUCUCCCCUCUCGUUUUGUGGAAGAGAGGUUUAGGAGGACGUUUGACCCCUACGGAUCGAAUGUGGACCUGAUCAGGCCGGAGACAGCCUCCCAGCUGAUCACCUCGCGCGAAGUGACCGAGGAGCCGCCUGAGGAGCCAUUGGGUGACGUCACAUCGGCCCCGACAGAACAGGCCGUGGUUCCCGAGGAGAGCGCCCAUAAGGAAUCACCCGAGAAGGAGGACCUAGAGGAGAUUCCUGAGAAAAGUUCUCCAAUCACCGACGAAGGGAUUGAGAAAAUGGGUGUUGAAGAUCCUGUUGUCGUCUCGGAUUCUUCGUCGGGGGAUCAAGGCGAGGAGGGUGAUGGUGAUGCUGGAGAGAUGUCGCGACCACGCCCAAGUGAGGAAGGGAAGACCGACGAUGUCGUCGAGGGAGACGCCGCGAGCUCUCCUCCUGGUGUGGAACCUCUUGCCUCGACUCGACCGGAGGAGAAUGUGACUCCCAUUGCUGAGAAAACCCGGCCGAAUUUUCUGUUGCUCGAUCGCUGA